GGAAGUGCAUGUGUACACGGAGCAGUGAGAGUUGACCACCGAUGAGAAGAACAGCGAGAGAAACUUUGACAUUUGUGGUUUGUUUGCUGUGUUUUUUUAACGGAAUUUAAGAUUGAAUUUCGACCGCUGUGUCGAUAAUGACCGCUGUAAACUACAUAGCUAAGCUUUUGGAGUACGCACAGAAAACAGGCUCCAGGGUGAUUUUUGAAGAGGUGAACUCCGUGGGACCCGACCAUGAGAAGACAUUCACCCAGAGGGUAGUCUUCAACGGUGAGGUUUAUCCCGAAGGUGUGGGGGGGAGCAAGAAGGAAGCCAAGCGUAAUGCUGCUGAACAUGCCUUGAGAUGCUUGUUGGAGAAUGAACAUGCCAGCAAUGUGGUAAAUAGCCAGAGUGUGAAUGACAACAGCUUUGAAGAGACAAAUUUUAAAGGAAUUCUCAACCAGCACUGUCAGAAAAGAAGCCUCGCCCAUAAUUACAUCCAAGUGAAAAGAAGCGGUUUACCACAGAGUCUCCAAUUCACCUACAAAGUAAAAAUUGAAGACAAGGAGUACCCUGAGGGGGAGGGAAGGACUGUCAGGCAAGCCCAACAAAAUGCUGCUCAUCAGGCCUGGUCUGCUCUUCAAGAGCAGUCCGACUGGGACAGCAAGGUUUCCUUGAGGUCCACUUGGUCCGAAGAUGAUGAUCCCUCCAUGAUGUCAUCAACUUCAACCUCGACUUCGACAUCGACCUCGACAUCAACUUCACUGGACCCCAACAAGUCGUCUUCACAAAGCAAACCAAUGAGUACAAGUGACUCCAUAGUAUUCAUUGACUCAUCAAACCCUCACAAUGAUCAGACUGGAGAUGAGAAAUAUGGUGGCACAUCAAGCCAGCAAAAUGAGGAAUCCAAACAAGAUUUGUCAGAAAUCUGUGAUAAGACCAAAAGCCUCAGUGUAAAGGCAGAAGGUGGAAACUUCCUUGGCAUUGUCAACCAGUACUGUCAGAAAACACAGCGCUCCCACACUUACGUCUUAGAGAAAAGAUGCGGUGAAGCACACAAACCCAAAUUCUUCUACAAGUUAAUGAUCGACAACAAGGAGUACCCUGUGGGUGAGGGGAAGAAUGUGAAAGAAGCCAAACAAAAUGCAGCUCGGCUGGCCUGGGCUGCUCUUCAAGAGCAGACCGACUACGACAGCAAGGUUGCUGUGGAAAACAAGGGUAGGGCCGAUAGAGUGAAUAACACACCGACCGAAUCCAGAUUUACAUUACUGUUUGAUUCCAUAAAGUCACUUGGGAAAGGAGCCUUUGGUCGGGUGUAUGAAGUAAGACAAAUGCUGCCGGACAAGAAGUAUGCCGUCAAGAUUGUCCGUGGUAAAAAGAAAGCUCUGCGAGAGGUGAGGGCAUUAUCAGACCUUCUUCACCACAACAUUGUGCGAUACUACUCUUGUUGGAUGGAGGAUACAGGUUACAUGCAGGACAGUUCAGCAGACAGCAGCUCUUCUCAGGAAUCAUCGCUAGAGUUCCUUUACAUUCAAAUGGAGCUAUGUGGCUCAAAAACACUUAGACACUGGAUAAAAGAGAGGAAUACAAGAACUCUGCCAGACUCCAACAGACGAUAUGAGAGUCUAACCAUCGCUCAACAAAUAGUCAGUGGAGUCGAGUACAUUCACUCCAAAGUACUCAUCCACAGGGAUCUGAAGCCUGCCAACAUCAUGUUUGGACAGGAUGGAGCAGUGAAGAUUGGAGACUUUGGUCUGGUCACUGCUGAUGAUGUCGACGAUGAAAACCCAAUGGAGAGAACUACCAAAUCAGGAACCCUUUCUUACAUGGCUCCCGAACAACUUGGGCACAAAUAUGACCGGAAGGUGGACAUAUUCGCCUUCGGGCUGAUAUACUUUGAGCUCCUCUGGAAACUCUCUACUGGCCAUGAAAGAGGGAAGGUUUUUGAAAAUGCCAGACAUCAGAAGUUCCCCGAAGAGUUUCCACGUACUUUUUUUCAAGAGGAACAAAUAAUGAGGUCAAUGCUGUGUAAGGAGCCAAAACAACGACCUGAAGCAAGUGCUCUAAAGGCAGAGCUGGAAAAGUUGGCCCACACUCUCAAACCUGAAACAACUGAACAUCAGCAAAAUGUAACAGUCUGACAGUCACACACGCAGGAGAUGAAAGGAGGAAACAUCUGUCUCCUCUGAUUAUACAUUUUGAUGUUUUAAGAUUUUGUUGGCAAAUGGUUGAUGGCUUUUAUUGUGCUUUAACCUGAGAUCUGUAGCCUACAAACAACUCAUACUCAACUCCACACACACAAACAUACACACACACACACACACAAACAGACCGGUUGAAUGCACUUAUUGUAAGUCGCUUUGGUUAAAAGCAUGAGCUAAAUGAAAUUGAAUGUAAUAUAAUCUCACAUAGUUUUGACAAUAGGUGGCAGUUUUAGGUUGUGUCGUGGGGCUUGUCGUACAAACAGUAGCAUUGCGUACCGUGCUGCAAACGGAUCGGGUCCAGUCUACAUCCAGGACAUGGUCAAACGUUACACCCCGGCCCUUUCAUUUUGCUUCACAUCUGCCAAUCGGCUUGUGGCUCCCUCACUGCGAGCUAAACACUCAACAUGACUGUUUGCUGUCCUGGCUCCUGAAUGAUGGAAUGAGGUUCCCAGUUACAUCAAGAGAGAAGAAAGUCUAAACAUCUUCCACCGCAAACUAAAACACACCUCUUCCGACUAUACCUUGAAUAAAAGUUUCAACUAACAAUUUAGUAGCAUUUAAAUGGUACUUACUUAUAGCACUUUGUAGUUUGGCUUUGUACUUUCUUGAUUCUUGUUGUUACGGGUUUGUACCCUCAUGGUUGAAUGCACUUAUUGUAAGACGCUUUGGUGGAAGCUUCAGCUAAAUGAAAUGUAAUGUAAUCAAGAGAUAUUUUAUUCAAUAAUGGCAAUAUCUUCUAUGUUAUGUAAAAGCAUUUUAAAUCAUUACAGCCAUUGCUUUGUAUUGAUUAUCAUAGGGGGGAAAUAAAAUUGUGGUUAUCUAUUUGUUA